GCUCGGUGGUUAGUCCCGGGUACCCGUCAUGGCCCUAGCCGGGUCGUGACAGUACUAUACAUCCGAUGUAUACCUUGGCCCUCAGUCUAUCUCAAACAAGCCCGUUAGGACGAACCCCGUCCUAUGGCUCGACCAUCAUCCGAUAGAGUCAUGGCCUUUAACCCGAGGCAACACAGCACAUAGCAAUAAACAAUUCAAAAUAUUUAAAAGACACUACGAUAAAAAAAAAAAAAAAUCUAUUAACUCUCCAGUAAUAAUUGUGUCAUAUAAAAUGGAUAAGAAAAGCUCUCCAGUUGAGGUUUAGGACCAAACAAGGUGCAAACUUCUAAAUACUUUUUCCAACUUUAAACUUUAAAUAUUCUUUCCGUUUCCACAUAUUAUCUAAAACACACCUGCUAAAGAAGUUAGACACUCAUCCUCCUAAUCCCUUUAUUCCCUUCGAAACAAAGAGAUAUUUACAAGCACAGAUCAUAUGAUUAGGUACUAAAAAGAACCAUGGAGCUUGAAAAUCAAGAAGAGCAUGUUAAUGAGAAGCAGAUAAUUAAAAACUUCAACAACUCAACUCAUGAUGAGACCAAAAUGCAAAUGAAUUCGAAGCCUAAGCCAAAGUACAAAGAGUGUCUCAAGAACCACGCUGUGAGUAUUGGCGGCCACGCCGUAGAUGGUUGCGGUGAAUUCUUGCCUGCCGGAGAAGAUGGUACGGAUGAGGCUCUCAAAUGCGCUGCGUGUAAUUGCCAUCGUAGUUUCCACCGGAAAAUAACACAAACUCAUCACCACCAACCCUACAAUAGAACCACUUCAUACUUCCACCACCAUAUUAUGCCGCAACACAGGCCUUUAGCAUUGCCAUCAACUUCUGGAGGUGGUGGAUACAGGGAGGAUCAAGAACUAGGCAUAUGUAACCCUAAUAACAACAACAUUAAUGGGACAUCAUUAAAGAAGAGAUUUCGGACAAGAUUCAGCCAACAACACAAGGACAAAAUGCUGGAACUUGCUGAGAAAUUAGGGUGGAGAAUUCAGAGGCAAGAUGAGGGAGCUGUGCAGCAAUUGUGUAAUGAGAUUGGCAUCAAAAGGCAUGUGUUCAAGGUUUGGAUGCAUAAUAACAAGUACACACUUGGUAAGAAAUUAUUAAACCCUAAUACACAAAUUGAUCCUUAAUUUGUAGCGCGCAGCUCAAGCAAGAAGGUCGAGAGAAAAUCAUUCACGAAAAAAAAGAGAUAAUUUUAAGAUAUUUUUAUUAUAUAUAGUAGUAUGAAGGUGAGCUUACCGUUGCUCUGAGCGAUUUGAGGUGUAGAAUUAGUUACUGAUCUCUUGUGUCAGAGUUGGUUGCUUACAUCAUAUCCCCUUCAAAAGCGCCUUUUUGCUAAGAACAUAAAUGCUUAGUGCAUCAGACUGCCUUUCUACUUUUUUUUUUUUUAAUUAUAGUACUAUGAAGGAGAGAUUUGAAGUAAUGAUAAAGUUAUCCUCGGGUGACUUAUGAGUUCAAGCUGAGGAAUCAGCUCAGGUUGGCUGCUUACAUCAAAUUUCUUGUGGUGCAAUCCUUUCUCAGGCUUUGCUUGAACAUAAGAUGUUUUUUGCAUCAGACUCCCUUUAUCUUUUUAAUUUGUUAUAGUACUUCUAUGUUGAAUUCUUGAGUUUCUUUUUAUUUCUAGAAGGACGUGUUAAAGUGUGUCACCAAAUUAAUUUUGGAUGCUUUGUGGCUGAGAGUUUUUUCUCCUUUAUGAGUAGUACUUAGUGAGGGCAAGCUUGGGUUUCUUCUAGUUCCACUGUUUUCUUGGAAGUUGGAAGUAUCAAUGCAUGUUUAAGUGGAAAUGUAUAUGUAUUAUCAUUGUACGAAUUUGUCCAGACUAUAUGAGUUCCUGAAUGCGAUUAAAGGA